ACUAGCGAAUGCGACGAAAUACCCAUUAGAUUUAUGUAUAGAUUUCGACUGAAUCUUUAUUCAAUUAUCUGUAAGUGGAAUUGAGAGAAAUAUGAAGGGUAUUUUAACGCUCAGUAUUGUUUUAUUACUAAUAUGCGGUGUGUUUGGUGAUGAAGUGGAGAUGUCAGUGAUGGAGGGAGAUUCUGUUACUCUACACACUAAUCUUACUGAUAUGAAGAGAGUUUCAAAGAUAAGAUGGACAGUUGGAGAAGAGGACUCCAAGAGUUUACUAGUUAGAAUUUAUGCAGAUAAAACCAUUAAUCUAGAUUAUACUGAUGUGAGAUUCAGAGACCGACUUCAGGUGAAUCAUCAGACUGGAGAUCUCACCAUCAAGAACAUGAAAAUCAAACACACUGGACUCUAUGAAGCAGAGGUCAUCCCUUCCAUUGCAACAAUAUACAAGAGAUUCAGAGUUACUGUCAAUGAUUCUCCACGUUUUAUCAGUGCUACAGAUGAGGUGAAGUCAGUGGCAGUGACUGAGGGAGAAUGUGUGACUCUAGACCAUGAUCUUAAUGACAUACAGAAUGAUUCACUGAUACUGUGGAGGUUUGGAGAUGAAGGUCUUCUCAUAGCUAAAGAAGAUAAAGAAGACAAUAAGAUCUCAAUAUAUGAUGUUGAGGGAUUCAGAAGCAGACUGAAGCUGGAUGAUCAGACUGGAUCUCUCACCAUCAGUGAUGUCAGAUCAUCAGAUUCUGGACUUUAUAAACUGAAGAUUAAUAACAACAAUCAGAUAUUAUACAAGACCUUCAGUGUUUAUUUUGAUGGACCUCCGUUUUCAGAACCUGCACUUGCUGUAUAUUGUUUGCUGCUGUUUAUUUUCCUCCUGGUACUGAUGGCUAUAUGUGUGUAUCAAUGUCGCCACAACAUCUCUGGUCUAAGACUGAUUAUAGCAUCAUGUAAAUCUGCAGGUGAUAAAAGUGGAAUUUGUGUUGUUGUCUUUCACUGCGUGGUGAGGGUGCUUCUACUUCUGCUGGUGCUGCUGUUUGUUGUUGGGACUUAUAACAUUAUGACUCCUUAUCUAAUGGAAAUAAAUUAUACAUCUUCAACAUCUUUAGCAGUUUUAUUGGGUGUUCUACUGAUGCUGCCGUUUUUGGUUGGGAUUGAGGUUUUCCAAAGGAUCUCUCUACAAAAUCAAAGGGGAAUAUGGCUUGGUGUCCUCGGCCUUCUGCUUCUGCUCCUCCUGCUGGUUAUUGUUGUGAUUCACUCAGUCUGUUUCAUGGAUCUAAAGCAAAUGGAAGGUAAUCUGGCAAAUAUUUACAUUACCCUGCUGGUACUGAUGCUUCUCGCUGUGGUUCACCAUUUCAGCAAGAGUUCUUAUGGAAAGCUAAAGGUUCAAAAAAUGCUGAUGUUUGAAGGAGAAUCUGUCUUUCUACCCACCGGUGUUACUGAACUCCAGUCAGAUGAUGUUAUCCAGUUGAGCUUUAGAGAUAAAGUGAUAGCCAAAUUCAUUAAGGACAACAUGAUCUCUAGUGAUGAGAGAUUCAGAGACAGACUGCAGGUGGAUGUCCAGACUGGAUCUCUGAUCAUCAGAAACAUGAGAAAAGAAGACGUUGGACUGUAUAAAGUAAUGAUGAGCAGCAACAGUCGAUUGAAAUCAUUCUUUCUGUUUAUCAUCUCUGGAGGACAGUCAUAUUCUCAAUUCAAUGUUAUUUUCUAUGAUUCAGCAGGAAUGCUAGAAAAUGAAUCUUUGAUGGUUGUGAAAUCUUAACUGAAUGAAGCAGAAGAUGUCUGAUCAGCUCAUAGAUGCUCAACAUCACUCAUCGACAUAUACAGUAA